CAUUGAAAAGCGUGCAGUGGUAUAAACUCGUGUACAAAUUUUUGUGUAAAAUUAUAAAUAAAUAGAUAAAUAAUUAAAAAAUAGUAUUAUAAAUAAAACAAAUCAAUAGACCAUUAACAUUUGAACAACAUCAUGGCUGAUGUAGAUGAUUUAUUUAAUUGUUUCAACGAGGAGGCAGACGAAAUUGCUCAUGAACCCCCAGUGGCUGCUGUAGAGGCACCCGUAGUUGUGACAAUAAAAGAUAAAGUUCAAAAGGAAACUGAAAGCCCCUCCAAAGUUGUAGAAAAAAGACAAAUUAAUGAAGAAGAUGAAACUGCGGAUACUAGUAAACGUGCUAAGGUGACAGAAUCUAUAUUGGAUGAUAUUUGUGUAGAUGCUUUACGUUCACGCAUAUCCGUGCAUGUCAUACAAUCACCAGAAUCUUGCACUCACGAAGUGGCCACCUAUCCGGGUCAGGAAUAUUUACCACUGCAACCUUUCACCGGCAUACCCGCCAAGGAGUAUCCCUUUGUGUUGGAUCCCUUUCAAAAGGAAGCCAUUCUUUGCAUUGACAAUCAACAAAGUGUCUUAGUUUCGGCUCACACCUCGGCAGGUAAAACAGUAGUGGCUGAAUAUGCCAUUGCAAAGUCGUUGAAUAGCAAGCAGAGAGUCAUUUACACUACACCAAUUAAGGCAUUGUCCAAUCAGAAAUAUCGUGAAUUUAGUGAAGAAUUCAAAGAUGUUGGUUUGGUUACCGGUGAUGUCACCAUUAAUCCUUCGGCCUCUUGUUUGAUAAUGACCACUGAAAUUCUGCGUAACAUGUUGUAUCGUGGUAGUGAAAUUAUGCGUGAAGUCGGUUGGGUUGUCUUCGACGAAAUCCAUUAUAUGCGUGACAAGGAACGUGGUGUAGUGUGGGAAGAAACUUUAAUUUUGUUGCCCGAUAAUGUGAGAUAUGUUUUCCUAUCGGCUACUAUACCAAAUGCACGACAAUUUGCCGAAUGGGUAUGCCAUUUGCAUAAGCAACCGUGUCAUGUUGUUUAUACGGAUUACAGACCAACGCCUCUGCAACAUUACAUAUUUCCAGCUGGUGGUGAUGGCAUACAUUUGAUUGUGGACGAAAAGGGACAAUUUAAGGAGGAUAAUUUCAAUACAGCCAUGGCUGUAUUACAAAAUGCUGGUGAAGCGUCUAAAGGUGAUCAAAAGGGUAGAAAGGGUGGAAUUAAAGGUGUCAAUGCUGGUCAAUCAAACAUUUUUAAAAUUGUCAAAAUGAUAAUGGAACGCAACUUUGCACCAGUCAUCAUCUUCUCCUUCAGCAAAAAGGAUUGUGAAGUGUAUGCCAUGCAAAUGGCCAAACUAGACUUUAACACGGCAGAAGAGAAAAAACUAGUAGAUGAAGUAUUCAAUAAUGCCUUGGAUGUGCUUUCCGAAGAAGACAGACAAUUGCCACAAGUUGAAAAUGUCUUGCCUUUGCUCAGACGUGGCAUAGGCAUACAUCAUGGUGGUCUCUUGCCAAUUUUAAAAGAAAUUAUUGAAAUUCUGUUUGGUGAAGGUCUUCUAAAGGCGUUAUUUGCCACUGAAACAUUUGCUAUGGGUCUUAACAUGCCGGCCAGAACUGUUUUGUUUACGGCACCGCGUAAAUUUGAUGGCAAAGAUUUUCGUUGGAUUUCUUCGGGAGAGUAUAUUCAGAUGGCUGGUCGUGCCGGUAGACGUGGUUUGGAUGACAAAGGUAUUGUUAUUUUAAUGAUUGACGAGAAAGUAUCACCAUCUGUGGGCCGCGGUAUUGUACAGGGUAAAGCUGAUCCUAUUAACUCAGCUUUCCACUUGACCUACAACAUGGUGUUGAAUCUUUUGAGAGUCGAAGAAAUUAAUCCCGAAUACAUGUUGGAACGUUCUUUCUUCCAAUUUCAAAAUCAAUCCUCCAUACCAGAACUCUACAAGGAGGUUCAAGAGAAACAGCAACAAUUGGAUAAAAUUAAGGUGAAUGAAGAACAUAGUGUUGCAUCCUAUCAUCAUAUACGCGAACAAUUGGAUUCAUUGGGCAAACAGUUUCGUAAAUGGAUCACCAAGCCAGAAUAUCUCGUUCCCUAUUUACAGCCGGGUCGUUUGGUGAAGGUUCAAAAUGAUACCGAGGAAUUCGAUUGGGGUAUUGUGGUCAAUUUCAAGAAACAAACUAACAAUGCCAAAAAUCCUCUUAAAGCUGAAACUGUUAUAAUAGUUGAUGUUCUCUUGCAUGUCACUGAAGAAUCGGCCAAAAAUGAUGAACCAAAACCCUGUAAACCUGGUCAGAAGGGCAACAUGGAAGUUGUACCAGUGGUUCACAAACUUAUUUCUCAAAUUUCCUCCUUAAGAGUCUACUAUCCCAACGACCUAAGACCAGCCGAUAACAGACGUAGUGUGCUGAAAACCAUUAACGAAGUUAAGAAACGUUUUCCAAAGGGUCCUCCCCUUCUAAAUCCCGUAACUGAGAUGCACAUUAAAGAUCCCGAUUUCCACGUUAUUGUUGAAUCUAUAGAUAAAUUUGAAGAACGUUUAUUUGCCCAUCCUCUGCAUAAUUCUCCAGACUUAGAACGUCUCUAUUCACGCUACACACAAAAACUGAAAGUGCUUGAACAACUUAAGGCGGCCAAGGCGAAAUUGAAAGAAGCUCGUUCUUUGCUACAAAUGGACGAAUUAAAACAUCGUAAACGUGUGCUGAGACGUAUGGAAUAUUGUACCGCCCAAGAUGUUAUCGAGUUCAAGGGACGCGUAGCCUGCGAAUUGAGUUCCGCCGAUGAACUUCUAAUGACCGAAAUGAUUUUCAAUGGCGUCUUUAAUGACUUGACUACACCACAAUCGGUAGCACUACUUUCCACCUUUGUCUGUGACGAAAAAUCGUCGGAAAAUCCCAAAUCGACUGAAGAACUCUCGGGACCUCUAAGAGCAAUGCAAGAUUUGGCACGCCGUAUUGCAAAAAUCUCGAAUGAAUGUAAAUUGGAGCUGGACGAGGAAACUUACGUUGAAAAAUUCAAGCCUUUCCUCAUGGAUGUUGUUUUGGCCUGGUGUAAAGGUGCCUCCUUCUUGAGUGUCUGUAAAAUGACCGAUAUCUUUGAAGGUUCCAUUAUUCGUUGCAUGCGUCGUUUGGAGGAAUUGCUGCGUCAAAUGUGCCAGGCUGCCAAGACAAUUGGUAAUACUGAAUUGGAAAAUAAGUUUGCCGAAGGAAUACGCAUGCUUAAGAGGGACAUUGUUUUUGCCGCUUCUUUGUAUUUGUAGAUCAAAAGCUUUCCACAGGUUUUCUUACCUCUUUUAUAAUUUUAAUAGUUUUUAUUUAGAUUUUAAUGAGUUUUAUGAUUGAUUGAUGAAGAUUUGCAUAUUAAAAUAUAUAUUCGACUUGAAACGUUAUCUUAUUUCCAUUGCUUACAUACGUACAUACUUUUAUGUAUGUAUAAUUUGUGUAACUUUUUUCACUAUAAAUUAAAUAAAUAAGAAUUCUAUAAAAUUAACAAAAAAUAAAACAA